AUGUGUCUCCCACCGGUCUCCCACCGGUCUCCCACCAAGUCUCCCACCAAAUCUCCCACCAAGUCUCCCACCAAGUCUCCCACCAAAUCUCCCACCAAGUCUCCCAUAAAGUCUCCCAUAAAGUCUCCCAUCCAGUCUCCCACCGGUCUCCCACCGGUCUCCCACCGGUCUCCCACCGGUCUCCCACCGGUCUCCCACCGGUCUCCCACCAAGUCUCCCACCAAGUCUCCCACCAAAUCUCCCACCAAGUCUCCCACCAAAUCUCCCACCAAGUCUCCCACCAAGUCUCCCACCAAGUCUCCCACCAAGUCUCCCACCAAAUCUCCCACCAAGUCUCCCACCAAGUCUCCCACCAAGUCUCCCACCAAGUCUCCCACCAAGUCUCCCACCAAAUCUCCCACCAAGUCUCCCAUAAAGUCUCCCAUAAAGUCUCCCAUCCAGUCUCCCACCAGUCUCCCACCGGUCUCCCACCGGUCUCCCACCGGUCUCCCACCGGUCUCCCACCGGUCUCCCACCAAGUCUCCCACCAAGUCUCCCACCAAAUCUCCCACCAAGUCUCCCAUAAAGUCUCCCAUAAAGUCUCCCAUCCAGUCUCCCACCAGUCUCCCACCGGUCUCCCACCGGUCUCCCACCGGUCUCCCACCGGUCUCCCACCGGUCUCCCACCAAGUCUCCCACCAAGUCUCCCACCAAGUCUCCCACCAAAUCUCCCACCAAGUCUCCCACCAAGUCUCCCACCAAGUCUCCCACCAAGUCUCCCACCAAGUCUCCCACCAAGUCUCCCACCUUGUCUCCCACCUUGUCUCCCACCAAGUCUCCCACCUUGUCUCCCACCAAGUCUCCCACCAAGUCUCCCAUCAAGUCUCCCACCAAGUCUCCCAUCAAGUCUCCCAUCAAGUCUCCCAUCAAGUCUCCCGCCAGUCUCCCGUCAGUCCCCCACCAGACCCGAGCAGUCAUGCAGCGGCAGUUGACGGCCAUUAAAGGAACUCUCUGGGAGCGACUGCGGCGGUCCCUGGCGGCUCGCCGCUUCAGCGAAGCCGCGGAUGUUUCCGAAGAACCGCGCAAUCCUCGCCCCAGGGUGCCGCGCGCGACCCCCGAGAGAUCCCGGCAGACAACCCGGGACACGUUUGGCGGCGCGUGCCAGCAAACAGCCCUGUUAUUGGUGUCGGAUCGUUACCUCCGGCCCCGCCGCCGCUGGAUCGAUGCGCCGGCGGCGGACCGGAGACGCGGUGACAUCGACGGCUGCACGAUCAAGAGGGCGGAGGGCCCUCCACGUCUUGUCGAGAUGGAGGUGAGACCAGGCGGUGAUGCCUCGCGGCGGGUCAAGAGUGAAGUGUGA